UGUAUUUUUAGGAAAAUCAGUGGAGGUGAACAGAAGCACAAGUCCACCAAAUAGAUUAAUUUUUGAGAUAGCCAAAACGAAAUGGGCAUCUUCCAAAAAUUGUGUUUUAGUUGCAACCUCCGUCGAGUUGUCGGAUUGGGCUGCAGGAACAGUUACAGUUACAGUUCAUUUAAUAAAUCUGUUGAUUCCCCAAUCCUUUCGUGUUCCAGUUCCUUCCUCACUCAUGGAACUCACGCGCUUCAAUGCCCUGAUGCGGUUGGAAUUGUAGCUAAGCUAUCGGAUUGCAUUGCUUCUAGGGGUGGGAACAUUCUUGCUGCUGAUGUUUUUGUACCUGAAAAUAAACGAGUCUUCUACUCUAGAACUGGUUUUGUUUUUGAUCCUGAUAAAUGGCCACGAGUGCAAAUGGAGGAGGACUUUCAAAAACUUUCUAAAACAUUAAAUGCCAUUCGAUCUGUUAUAAGGGUGCCAGCUCUGGAUCCUAAAUAUAAGAUUGCUGUUCUUGCAUCAAAACAGGAUCACUGCCUCUUUGAUUCGUUACAUGGAUGGCAGGAUGGAAGACUCCCAGUGGAUAUCACUUGUGUAAUCAGUAACCAUGAUAGAGGUCCAGAAAGUCAUGUGAUUCGUUUUCUUGAAAGAUAUGAUAUUCGUUAUCAUUAUUUAAGAACAACAGCAGAGAAUAAAAGAGAAGGGGAGAUCUUGGAGUUGGUUCGGAAUACUGAUUUUUUGGUACUUGCGAGGUAUACACAGAUAUUAUCCAGCUCAUUUCUAAGGAGUUAUGGAAAGGAUAUAAUUAACAUUCACCAUGGUCUGUUGCCAUCAUUUUGCGGUGGCAAUCCAUCUAAACAGGCCUUUGAUGCAGGUGUGAAAUUAAUUGGUGCAACAAGUCACUUUGUGACUGAAGGACUUGAUGCUGGACCUAUUAUUGAACAAAUGGUUGAUGCCAUUUGUUUAGGGGUGUUUUCUUAACCUUUUAACUUUCUUUCAUGCUGCUGGAGACUAAGAUCUAUAUGCCAGCCUGUCAGGGCUGCCUUCUGAAUUCUGAUCCAUGUUUUCUUAGUCCUCAGUCACUUAGAAUUACAGCAGCCAUUAAGAUAGAGAGAACAAAUUAGUUGCCACUGAUAUAUGAUAUGUGCCAGUUGAUCCUGCAUAUUUAUGAGUCUCCUUUUAAAACUUUUUCUGUUAUGCUUGAACUGUUUCCAUGAUUGUGUUAGGUUAUUGGGAAAAGAAACAUAUACUGUGCUAGCUAAAUCUCAAGUCUGACUUCAGUUUUAAUCUCAUGCAAGAUUUAUAUUUUUUAAGGGUGAAUUUCCUCAUAGAUUUUCUUAGAAUUUUGGUCUUGUCUUGCCCUAAAAUAAAGGACAUUUAAAUUUAUUUUGUGUUCAGAUUUAUUAGUAAGCAUCCACCCCACUUACCGCAGAAACAGAUACUUCUCCUUGACAACAGACAUAAAUACUGCUCCAGAAGAAUCUGCAUGCCAUGUUAAUAAAUGGGCUUCUAUUUUCAGUUGGUAGUACGUCGAGUGUUAAUAUUUUUCACUGUAACUUUGUGCAUAGGCAUGAUUUAUUUUAUGAGGUAGGAUAUCCAUGUUACCACUUUUUUCUACUACCAAUCUAAUUAUCGUUGGAUCAAACUUUUCAGCUGAUAAUUUCUGAAGAAUUUAUUAAAAAUUUCCGAAGAGAGAAAAAAAAAAAAAACUUUUAAUAUUAUAACCAUGUACUUCCUUCGAGUACAUAGUUAUAGUGGAUGGUAGUAGAAAAAAGUGAUAGUAUGAAUAUUCUACCUCUUAUUUUAUACUUUAUGAGAGCCUUAAGUAAGCUUCGGUCCUUCUUUUCUGGGGUAAAAUAGCUGAAUGUCAAUUGCAGGUUGAGAGAGUUUCCCAUAGAGAUAACUUGCAAAGCUUUGUGCAGAAAUCAGAGAACCUUGAGAAACAAUGCCUGUCAAAGACUAUCAGAUCUUACUGUGAGCUUCGAGUUUUACCAUAUGAAGUAAAGAAUACUGUUGUAUU